AUGGCUGAUGAUUUGUCUUCUAUGUGGCAAGAUUUCAACCUUUCGGAAGGUGAGAGUGUGGAGGUAAUAGUCCAACAACAAGCAGUUGAAGAGAUUGCAACAAGAGGAAAUUCUUGUUUCGUGGGGAAACUAAUUGCUGAUAGGAUUAUUGGCAAGGAUACUAUAAGAUCUAAAUUGGUGCAAUUAUGGAGACCUUCGGGGUCGACGUCGUUCAAGGUUAUAGGGGAGAAUUUGUUUCUGGUCGAUUUUGAGCAUUCAUGGGAUAAGACUCGGGUGUUGGAGGGCCGACCUUGGGUGUUUGAAGGUAGUUUGUUUUCUUUGGAAGAAUUUGAUGGAAUAACACCUCCUCUGGAGAUCCCGUUUGAAAAGGCGGCGUUUUGGGUGCGGAUGUUUAACCUUCCGUUAGCAUGUAUGGGUCAAGCAGUAGGUUUUCAAAUUGGUUCUACAAUGGGGAUGGUAGAAGAAGUUGAAACUGAUGACGAAGGAAUUGGCUGGGGAAAAUACUUGCGUGUAAGGGUGAAGAUGGAUCUAACGAAGCCUAUUCCUCGCGGUAGGCGUAUCACUCUUUUAGGAAACACGGUGUGGGUACCUUUUCAAUUUGAAAGGCUUCCUCAUUUUUGUUUUCUCUGUGGAAAGUUUCGCCAUGGAGUGGUAGGGUGUAGUGGCAUUAAGGAGGUGAAACCGCAAUUUGGUCUAUGGCUUAGAGUUAAACCAUCUACUUGGCAUAAGGAUUCGGGGCAGCAAUGGUUUGAAACGCAGAAAUGGGAUUAUGGGUCUCCAUCGAGUCCACCAAUGAGAAUGUCCAAUCCUCAUUGGUCGAAUAGUGGCCAACAACAAAAUAGAUCUCUGGUGGUGGUCAAUGCCGGAAUGCAAGGUGAGUCCGAUGAGAUGGUAGACCGGGGGAAGGAGAAGAUUCAGUUUUCGUCAGUUGUGGAAAGUGGGGCAGUUAUGGGAGAAACGGUUAAGGAGAUUUCUCAACUGAAAGGGGAUGCUAGUGGUACAUAUGCAACACAUGAAGUGGAGGGGGCUACGUGUUUGGUGGACAGUUUGCAUGGGGAUAAUUAUGAAGAUAUUUCAGAUGAUUAUGGGAGAAACGAUAUUUCAGAUGAUUACGUGUCUUCUUUCAGCUUGGUUUCUAAAGGUGGUUUGUCUAAGCCCAAGGAAAAUCCAACCCAAGUGGAGGGGCCCAUGUUUUUACAAAAUUAUGGGCAUGUAGUUAAGGCCACGCAGGUUGAGUCUCCAGAAUUGAGUGGGAAUCAUGAAGUCGGGGUUCUUCAAUUCCGAGCAGUGAAGGAAUCUAAGAAAAAUGGGGUGACGAAUUGGAAGAGGCGUGCGCGGGCUGAUCAGAUAUUACCAUCUGUAGUUCGGCUGGUUGGCCAUGAUAGGAAGAGGAAGAAAGGUGAUUUUAUGGGUGAUAGCUCGGCAAAUGAUGUGGGUCAAGCUGCAGAAAAUUUGGGGAUAAGGGACUUUAAUGAGAUAUUGAGUAAUUCCGAGAAGUGUGGAGGGCGUGGACGUGCUAGGGGUUUGAUGAAUGAUUUUCAAAAUGCUUUGGAAACUUGUGUUUUGCAUGAUAUCGGUUAUAGGGGUCCAAAAUAUACUUGGACUAAUGGUCGGGAGGGAAUUGAUUUUACACAAGAAAGAUUGGACAGAGUUGUUGCUAACCAAGAAUGGUGUGAAUUAUUUCCUAGAGCUGAAGCUAUUGUGAAGGCAACUAUUAAUUCUGAUCAUAACCCAAUUGUGUUGAGGGUGCAAAUAAAAGGAGGAGACAUGAGAAGGAGGCGUGGUUUUCGGUAUGAGGCGAGUUGGGGAUUGGAACCCGAGUGUUACAAGAUAGUAAAGCAGAUAUGUCGAGAAAAAGACAGAAGGGUGGGUCUUUCUAUGGGUCUACGGGAAAUGAUGAAUGAAAGUGAGAAAGGAUUUUUGGCUUGGCAGCAUGUUAAUGGCAGUCAGGUGGGAGCCACAAUUAAACAAAAAGAAGCUUUAUUGGUUGAACUCCAAGGGCGUGAAGGUCCAUUGGAAACUCAAAGUAUUCAUACUUUGAAGCUUGAAUUAAAUUGUUUGUUGGAACAAGAGGAGCUAAAGUGGAGACAAAGAGCAAAAAAGCAUUGGUUGAAAGAAGGAGAUCGUAAUACAAAGUUUUUUCAUGAAAGCGAAAAUCCAGCCAGUUAUCUGGAAAAUUGUUUGAGGAGCUUGAAGAGCUGUGUUACACCAGCAAUGAAUGCAUCCCUUGUACAGCCAUACACGGUUGAAGAGGUUUCUAUAGCGCUUAAUCAAAUGCCUCCACUUAAAGCUCUUGGGCCAGAUGGUUUUUCUGCACGGAUGUGGGGAAAAGAUGGGUAUAUGGCAGUUAAGCUUGAUAUGUCGAAGGCUUAUGAUAGGGUAGAGUGGGGAUUUCUUGAAGCAGUGAUGAGAAUGAUGAGUUUUGAUGCCAAAUGGAUUCACCUUAUUUUAAUGUGUGUCAGCUCAGCCACUUAUUCAGUUAUUGUGAAUGGUACUCUAAUGGGUAGAAUUGUCCCAUCGAGAGGAAUAAGGCAAGGUGACCCCAUCUCUCCUUAUUUAUUCCUUUUAUGUGCGGAAGCCUUAAGUUCUAUGUUGACAAGAGCAGAGUCCAGGGGUACACUUACUGGUGUUCCUACUUCGAAAAAAGGCCCCCGUAUCAGUCAUCUUUUCUUUGCAGAUGACAACCUGUUGUUUUGUAAGGCUAAUCCUCACCAUUGGCGAAAGAUGUCAGAUUUAUUGCAAACCUAUGAGAAUGCAUCGGGACAACAAUUGAAUAAGGAUAAGACAUCUAUCUUUUUUAGUUUUUAUACUUUGCUUGAAGUCUAA